GAGUAUUAUUCUGUUGAGCUCAUUGGUGGCAUGCCAAACUGACACUCCUUCAGUAAAAAAAACAACCGAGGAUCCCAUUACAGAACAGGACAGAUCUGUGACAGAGAAAUUAUUGGAUAUCCUCAAUAUGUAUGCAAGGGGUGAAGCUCAUGGGAAUAAUGAGCUAAAUUCGUGGCUAAAACUUGUCAAGGAGGCCAGCAAUUGGAAUAAACAUAAAAUGAUCGAGAAGGGACAAGUUUAUGUCAUGUUCAAUCAGUAUGAUACAUUGCGCAAAGACUUGGAUGAGCAGAUCAACGAUCGUUUGGAAAUUCUAGUCGAUGAUAUAAUACCCACUGAAAAGCCGUAUAGCGAGUGCUGGAGACUUUAUAUGCGACAGAGAAAUGCUCUGCGAAAGGCCCUUAAGCAAUCCAAUGCCAAGAAGUCCAAAGCUAUUUUACUAAAUUCGGUUUCUUGCACUCACAAACAGGACUCUUCUGUCGAAUCUAAGGACUAGAUAUCAAUAUUAAUAUCCUAUUUCUCAUACCUCGUCAUAAAUAUUUUUUCUAACAGAUUAAGUUUAAACUUUCUACUAAAUGUAUCUGCCAUCUUCUUAUUUUUAUUGUUGAAAAUAAAUCAGACAUAUUUUAAAACGAA